UUAUACCUUUCCGGAUGUUCGACUGCUGAGCACAACUUGUUUAUUACUGUGGUUCAAUAUGACGCUGUUACAGGAAUACUCGAUAAUUUUGCUUUCGCACAUAUUUACCGCUGUUUUUCUUAUUUCGAAGAUUGAUUGUAUGCGCCAAAAUGUUGGGAAGACUCACCGCUAUCGCAGCAGCGGCAAUAACGCAGUGGUCGACAAUAUGGGCAUUCCGCUGUGUCCGGAUAUUCCGGCGCGGUACGCUUUCCUCAAGCCGAACACCAAAGUGGGAGAUAUAAUUUCAGGAGCCCCACCGAGUGCAGCUGGUUUUCCAUCUCUUUAUUAUAUAAAAGAUGGCAAUGAACAUCGACUCUUCUCAAUCGACAAAAACAGCGGAAAAGUGUACGUUGCCACACCCAUAUCUUUGCCGCUCCUGAUGAUGAACCACAAACUGACGAUCAUCGUUUCUUCCGGAUUAAAAACAUGUUCCUUGAAAAUUUUCAUCCAAGCUGCCGCGUUUAAGCAAGGCUCCGAGCGCUCCUUUCUCGUCCCAUCACCGCGUGUCGAUCUGAUGGACAAGUUGCCGAACAAGACACCGUCGAUCCGGAACCCCGGCAGCUCUUCCUGCCCGGUAUCCCCAAUGAUCCACGCAACGGAAUGCCGUUGGAGAGCGAUCUCAGCCCACCUAAUCCCCCUCCGCAACAACAAAAUGUCGUCCCCAAUCCAGCCUUCAACAUCGCUCCGAAUCCACAAGAUGCUUUAAUGGGCGCGGUAUAUGUUGUUCCCCCACAGCAGAAUGCGGUAUUUACCAAUCAGUUGAACACGAUUCCCAAUCAACCGUUC